UUCUGGCCUGAAGCACUAGGGAUUUUUCUUUCCCCAAAGCUAGCAAACAAGCCUGGGGUGUCUGACUCAUCAGGGCACUGCCGGGGGCAUUGCACUCUACAUGUCCUACAUGAUCCUUCCUGUUACAGUCCUGGCAACAUCCCUCAUUGCAAAACUUCCCAGAAGGGUACACUGCAUAGAGUAGUUCGGUGGCAGACAGGUGGAGAGUGACCAGGGUUCACAGAGAAAAGAACAGAGUGACAUCCAGGGUUACAUAAACUCUCAGGCCGCCCAAGAGGACAGAUACGUGUGUGGAGCCUAGAAACCAGUGAGUGCGGCUGUGUAGGAAGGAAGCCGGAGCCCUUCCCUGAGCCUGCCUGGACGCAGAGGCUCGGAGCCGCAAUCGACCAUGGUGCUCUGCUUGUUGCUGCUGCUGCUGCCGCCAGCGCUGUGCGUCUCGGAACCCGCACUAGAGCCCUGCGAAGUGGACGACGAGGAUUUCCGCUGCUUCUGCAACUUCACGGAUCCGGAGCCCGAGUGGUCCAGCGCCUUCCAGUGUGUAAGUGCCAUCGAGGUGGAGAUCCACGGCGGCGGCCGCAGCCUGCAACAAUUCCUAAAAGCCGCACACACGGACCCGAAGCAGUACGCUGACAUGGUCAAGGCUCUGCGCUUGCGGCGGCUCACAGUGGCCUCCGCACAGGUUCCCGCUAGCCUUGUGGCCGCCUUCUUGCGUGCGCUGGGGUACUCCCGCCUCAAGGAACUGACGCUCCAGGACCUGGAGGUAACCGGCGCCACGCCGCCGCCGCCUCGGGAAGCCACUGGGCCUGCGCUCUCCACCCUCAGUCUCCGGAACGUGUCGUGGGCAACGGGAGGUGCCUGGCUCGCCGAACUGCAGCAGUGGCUGAAGCCCGGCCUCAAGGUACUGAACAUUGCGCAAGCACACUCGCUUGCUUUUUCCUGCGCGCAGCUCCGCACCUUCCCGGCCCUCACCACCUUAGACCUAUCCGACAAUCCCCGACUGGGCGAGCGCGGACUGACAGCAGCUCUCUGUCCGCACAAGUUCCCGGCCCUCCAGGCUCUAGUUUUACGGAACGCCGGGAUAGAGACGCCCAACGGCGUGUGCUUGGCGAUGGCGGCGGCGGGUGUGCAACCCCACCGCCUAGACCUCAGCCACAACUCGCUGCGCGCCACCGCCCCCGGCGCUCCUGGGUGUGUCUGGCCCAGCACACUGACAUCUCUCAACUUGUCCUUCGCUGGGCUGGAGCAGGUGCCUAAGGGACUACCGGCCAGGCUUAGCGUGCUUGAUCUUAGGUGCAACAAGCUGAACAGAGAGCCUCGGCCAGAAGAGCUGCCCAAGGUGAGUAACCUGACACUGGAUGGGAAUCCCUUUCUGGACCCUGAAGGCCCCAACUACCAAGAAGACCCGAUGAAGUCUGGCGUGGUCCCAGCCUGUGCGCAUUCGGCCCUGGCGGUGGGGAUGUCAGGAACCUUCGUGGUGUUUCAAAGGGUGGGAGGCUUCACCUAAGGCCCACGAGAGACAAAUGAAUCGGCUCGGAUUGCCCUGGCUCCAGGGAAGCCUUAUCGGGACGUCUUUUUUUUUUUUUUUUUUUUAACCAACCAACCCUCUGCCCCAUCUUCAUUAAAAUCUGAAACAACGAUUUGUGUCAUUCACUCAAUGGGUG